AUGCACUUGGGGGGAGAUGAACUGCAGCAGCAGCAACAGCAGCAAUGGCAGCAGCAACAGCAGCAGCAGAACAACGCAGCAGCACCACAACCACCACCACCAGCAGCACCACCAGCAGCAGCAGGAGCAGCAGCAGCAGCAGCAGCAGCAGCAGCAGCAGGAGGAGGAGGAGGAGGUUUAGAGACAGUGAAUGUAGCAUAUGAGAGCGAAGCAGCACUGAUUCAUUUUGUGGUUUAUUUUGUUUGUUUUGUUUGUUGUUUGUCUCUUUAUUUAAAUUAUAUUGUCCUGGAGGCUUAUAUUUUUUCUUUAUUUUGGGCCGUUAUCUUCUCUAUACCUUUACGUGCUGUUGUUGCUGCUAUUCUACCCACACCACAACACAGAACUGCUGCUGCUGCUGCUGCUGCUGCUGCUGCUGCUGCUGCUGCGGGAGCGGGGGGAGCUGCUGCACCGGUAGAGGCACCAGAAGACAGUUCUGCUGCUGCUGCUGCUGCUCGCAAACAGCAACAUGAAGACAAAACUACUCCUGCUGCUGCUGCUGCUGCUGCUGCUGCUGCUGCUGCUGGUAUCCCCCAACUACUAAAUCAACCGCAAGGGCAGCAGCAGCAGCAGCAGCAGCAGCAGCAGCAGCAAUCUCCCCGGCCGGAGUGCAGCAGUGAAGGGGCCGCUGCAGCAGAAGACCCUCAGCAUGAGACAGAGGAGACAGCAGCAGCAGCAGCAGCAGCAACAGCAGCAGCAGCAGCAACUGCAGCAACUGCAGCAGCAGCAGCAAAAAAGAGAGCAAUUAGACUCAAAUGGUCACGAGAUGCUGCAGCAAAGCAGCAGCAGCAGCAACUGCAGCAGCAGCAGCAACUGCAGCAGCAGCAGCAGCAGCAGCAGCAGAACUUGCUGCUGCUAAAUCAGCAAGACACGACAACACAUACAAAUGAAAGCAGCAGCAGCAACAGCAGCAGCAAUGGCAGCAGCAGCAGCAGCAGCGCGAAGGAGGAGACCGCAGAUGGGCCAUCAGCAGCAACACCAUCAGCAGCAGCAGCAGCAGCAGCUGCUGCUGCUGCUGCUGCUGCGCUGCAGCGGUGGCAGUCAGCAGGCGAAGCAGCGGUGUCUAUACACCGCAGCAAGAAGAGGAGACAGCAGCAAGAGGAGACAGUUCUUUCUCCUUCUCUCCCCCCGCCUCCCAGCAGCAGCAGCAGCAGCAGCAGCAGCAGCAGCAGCAGCAGCAGCAGCAGCGGGAGCAGGAGCAAGAGGAGGAGAAGGAGAGGCUUGUGGUUGCUGCGGUGGCUGCAGCAGCAAGCAGAGGGUGUAUUUAGGUUUUUAUUGAACUCUCUACCUAUGAGGGUAUGUGUCUCCGUUGUCUCCUUUUUGCUGCUGCCGCUGCAGCAGCUGCUGCUGCUGCCUGCAUGCAGCAGGGCCCCGAAAAACUACUCACCGGCAACUUGGCCUGGUAAGGAGACAUACACUAAAAAGAAACAAAAAAAAACAAAAAAAAAAGAGAGAAAGAAGAGAGAAGAGAGAGAAAAGGGAGAGAAGAGAGAGAGAAUAGAGAGAGAAAGAGAGAGAAUAGAGAGAGAGAAAAGAGAGAGAAUAGAGGGAGAAAAGGAGACAGAAAGAGAGACAGAAAGAGAGACAGAAAGAGAGACAGAGAGAGGAGACAGAGAGAGAGACAGAAAGAGAGACAGAAAGAGAGACAGAUAG